AUUAAGUUCUACCUUUUCAGGUACGACUCAUUGAGGAAGUGAUCGCAUCAUGCAUGCCCUGGCACAAAUCGUGAAGGUUUCACUUCCAAAUUACCUCUCUUCGCUCCCCAUUCCUGAUUCCCUUGGUGGCUGGUUUCAUUUAUCCCGUGUGUUUGGAGUGGCCUAUGUCAUUCGCAAGAAUGUUGCUCCCAGACUGUGCUACUAUGCAAGGCAGUGUCAAGGAGGCCCUGCAGUCAAGGAAUCAGAAUGGGUGAACAAGAAGCUGAAGAAGGAAGUUCCCAAAGUGGUGGACUCAUUUGACAUUGAAGAUGUAGGGGACAAGAAAGUUUUCUGUAGAUGCUGGAAGAGCAAAAAGUUUCCCUAUUGUGAUGGAUCUCACACAGGACACAAUACAGAUACUGGGGACAAUGUGGGACCUCUGAUCAUCAAGAAGAAAGACAACUAAAGAUCAAGUAGUUUCCAUGUAUUUUUGGUAGCCAGGAUAUAAGUGCAAGAAUCAUGUCCUUAUCACAUUGUUUAUGCCAUAACUAUGUAAACGUUUCUUUGAGGGGUUAUAAUCCAAUGCAUGACUGUUGCUCCCUGAGUGUCUGGUUUAAUCUCAUCCUGUGAUUCAUUGUGAACCAGUUCUGAUUUUUGGGAGAUAUGUCAAUAAAGAUUACAUUUCUAAAUUCUGAUGCACUUUCACUAUUUGAAAC